CUUCCUCCCAAGCCCCCCAAAAUGACCUCCAACAACCUCUCAACGUGCUGCAUAACGGGUACCCUCCACGAAGGCGAACCCAAGGGCACAAUCCAAGACAUUGAGAACAUCUCAACCUACAUCACCCACCCCCCCACCGCAACCAAAAAAGCCAUCCUCCUCCUCACCGACGUAAUCGGCCACCGCUUCCUCAACGCCCAACUCCUCGCCGACCAAUUCGCCGCCGCCGGGUAUCUCGUCCUCAUGCCCGACCUCUUCACCGGCGACAGCGUGCCCCUCAACCGGCCCGAGGGCUUCCAGAUCAUGGAGUGGGCCAAGGGCCACCAGCCGGCGCACACCGACCCCAUCAUCCAGACGGCCCUGAACCACAUCCGGUCCACGCUGGGGUGUGAGCGGGUCGGCGGCGUCGGGUAUUGUUUUGGGGGGAAGUAUGUGGCCCGGUUUUUGAAGGUGGAUGGGGGCUUGGAUGUGGGGUUUACGGCGCAUCCGACGAUGAUGACGGCCGAAGAGUUGGCGGCGGUGGAGGGGCCGUUUUGUGUUGCUGCUGCGCAACAUGAUCCGAUCUUCUCCGCGGAGAAGCGACGCGAGAGCGAGGAGAUCCUGGGUAAGAAGGAUCAGCCCUGGCAGAUUAGUGUGUACUCCGAUGUGGAGCAUGGGUUUGCGGUGCGCGGGGAUCCCGCGGCGCGGCGGGUGAGAUUCGCGAAGGAGCAGGCGUUUCAGCAGGCGGUGGCGUGGUUUGGGGAGUAUUUGUGAUUGGGAUUUGGUGGUUGAAUUCAGGAAGAUGGGGAGAGUGGGUAGUAGAUGAAUGCCAAGGCUGGAC